AUGGAGUUAGGGUCCCACAUUGCGGCGGGGUGCCUGGUUCUGGACAAGUCCGACUCGCGACUUCCCGUGGGGAUUUUGUCGUUCAUUGAGCCAGGACAAUGGCAUCACUUUGGCCCUUUUAGAAGUGAUGUGGAGGAUGGAAUCGAAGGUCAAGCCGGCCAGGUUGGCCAGGUCGGCCAGGUCGACAAAAACCUAUCCUUCCGGUUUCUGGAACAAGAUAUCCAACAUCAGCUCAUAUCCUCUGGGUGUCUUUCAUCCUUCGCCGACCUGCUGCGCAACCGCUGGAUUCAUAUGAGUCUUGCUUCAAAUGAGCACGUCAUUAUCCGUGUCUACCUUCUUCCAGACGAUGUUGGAAACCGCACCAUACCUCGUCGGAGACCGUCUCUGUUGAAGGCGAGAUUGGGCCUCCUAGCACAGCUGGACUUUUCGGGGAGUACCUGGCAGGGUCAAUCGAAGGGUAAACCGUCUCAAAGCCCAUUGAUGUUUGGAAGUCCCCAGGGAACGGCCGACUCGCAAAACCGUGAGAAGCAAUCUUUGUUGCAGAUGUUCAACAGCAUACCGUCUCCUCAACCGGACCCAGACGCCAUUCCCGACUAUGACGCCCGCGAUGCCGCCUACGCGCUGAUAAACAGCAAGAUGCUGGGCCUGUCAACCACUCUCUAUGCGUACCAACGCCGGUCCGCAGCCUUAAUGCUUCAGAGGGAGUCUCAGAGCCGGAAGGUGCUGGACCCGCGUCUGAUGAAGGUCGUCGAUCAGUUGGGGAAACCUUGGUACUACGACCCGGUCAUCGGAAGCGGGCUGCGCGAACCUCGAUACUACGACGCACCUUGUGGCGGUAUUCUUGCCGAAGAAAUGGGCGCGGGGAAAACCCUCAUCUGUCUCGCCCUCAUUCUGGCGACCAGACAUAUCCCUUCCGCCACACCCGACCAUUUGCGUGCCAACAAGCCUGUUGUCCGCCCUAAGAUUGGGAGCCUUGCUGAUAUGGCUGCCUCUUGCAUCACUCGCCAUUCAGUUCCCUGGAGAACGGUAUUUGGCGCUCUCGAGCCAGACGGCAUCGACUACCCUCUGUGUGUCGACGCAAUUCGACGAAAUCCUGCGUUCUAUCAUCUCCCCCGGCGACCCCGAUCUCUUUACCGAGGAAGGCGAUACCCGUCAGCAUGGGGUGUUCCCAAAAAGGUGUAUCUCAGUCACACUUCCCUUGUGAUUGUGCCCCCAAACCUGGUACAGCAGUGGAAGGAAGAAAUCGCCAAACACACGUCCGGUUUAGAAGUCUUGACUGUCGACAAGAAGCAGGUUCUACCGCCAGUUGAAAAGCUUGUCGAAUAUGACAUUAUCCUAUUUUCGUCGACCCCAUUUGAAAAAUUAUUGGGUGAUGUCGACGUCGAACAUAAUGAACCCAAAGUUCUCAUGAGCCCCCUAGCAUCGAUCCACUUCAAACGGUGUAUCGUUGACGAGGGCCACAGGCUGGGCAACUCGACACUAGGAAGGAAGAGCAAUUUGCAUCUGAUAAUCGACCAGCUGCAAAUUUCGGCUAGGUGGAUCGUGACUGGAACGCCAUCCAAGGGACUGUUCGGAGUCAACGACACGCCUAGCCCGCAUUCCGACGAUGAACGGCGGGCCGAAACUUCCCUGAGCCUCGAGAAGGAUGAUCUAAAACGCAUCGGCUCGAUCGCUAUGUUGUAUGUGCGCAUGCAGCCCUGGGCAAAAAUGUCCACCGAGGCAAGAGAUCCACCAGCGGAAUGGGCCGUUUAUGUCAUGCAGCCACACUUAACCCACCCUCGAGGUAUCGGCCGCUCCGACUGUCUCAAGGCAACCCUGGAGUCAUUCAUCAUUAGAAAUCGUCUCCCUGAUCUCGGUACUUUACUCCCGUCCGUUGACGAGAAGGUAGUGUACCUCGACGGGUGCUUUCAAGAUCGACUGGUGCUCAACCUCUUUUCCAUGAUGAUCAUCUUCAACGCUGUCCAGUCACAACGAACAGACCAGGAUUACUUUUUUCACCCCCGGCAGCGAAAGUCGUUGCUUGAGCUCGUGUACAAUCUCAAGCAGGCGAGCUUCUUUGGGGGUUCUUUCUUUUCGCCCGACCAGAUCCAAAAAGCCAUAGCCACUGCCGAAACUUUUUUGCAAGAGGGCGAGAUUCAAAUUAGCACCGAGGACGAGGCUCUGUUGCGCGAUGCCAUCGAAUUUGGACGAUUGGCUGAGAAGAACAACAUCAAACGAUGUGCCAAUUUAUUCCGCGAAGUCCCACUGUACGUCCAAAACUUUCCCUGGAACGCAGGCCGGGAGUGGUCCCUCGACCUACGCGAGGGAGAUCCAGUAUGCACAGACUCGCGUAUGAUAUUGGAACUUCAGAAGUUCCUUCACCCCUUGGUUGAUGCCCCAGCAUCACUACAGAUUAUGUUCGAGACUGGACGGUUUGCCGCACGUGGGUGGGAGGAACGAUUGAAGGGGGUUGAGGAGCAGGCCCCGGAAACCGAGAGACGGCCACCGAAGACGCUUGCUGGGAACACGCCGCUGGGCCAAGAUAGCAAUCCUUCGAACAAACGGCGCUCUUCCGUUUUUACCAAGGGGCUGCCAAAGACGGAAGAAACACAAGUCACUUCAGGUCUGGAGAACCAUGGAUCGGGCGUCGCCGCGCAACUUGCCCAGACCCAGCUCAUUUCGACAGCCUCCGCGAAGCUUUCCUACCUGAUCGACCAGAUUGUGAAGUACCAAGAUUCGGAACAAAUCAUCAUCUUUUACGAAAACGAUAAUGUGGCAUACUACAUUGCCGGUGUUCUCGAGAUACUCCAAGUCCAGCACCUAAUCUAUGCCAAAGGGCCUCCACCCCAGCAAAGAAAGAGCCCCACGUUCCUCCUCAUGGACAUCACCCAAGCGGCCUUCGGGCUAGACAUGCAAUCCGCCUCGCGCAUCUACUUCCCUCAGCCCGGUGCUCAACCCGCAGGUCGAGGCGCAGGCGAUCGGGCGGGCCCGGCGCAUCAGCCAGCGGCGGCCCGUCGCCGUCGAGACCCUGGUGCUGCGCGGCAGCGUCGAGGAGGUGGUCGUGCGUCGCAGGGCCGAGAUGUCGGCGGGCGAGUGGAAGGGAGGAGGAAUGGAGUGGUGGUGCCGGAGGAGGAGAGAAAGAGGAGAUCUCCGGGUGACAUGGAAGGUCCAGUGUUGGGUGUGGACACGCUGACUACGGAUGGUGGUGGCGCUCCGGUGAAGAAGAGAGCUCGAGUUCGGUUUGCAGAAUCAGAUGAUGAAGGGGAGGACCGAGUCAGGGCUUCAAUAUCUGGCACACGAGCCCUUUACCUUUUGCACUCUACCCAGCCGCCGGGGCAUCGAAUCAAUAAGCCUGUCGAGAGGGCCCUACAGCACCCUCUCCCACACCAUACCUUACCGUCGUUCUGCGGACCUCUUGACGCCCGGCCUGUUUCUCGCAUUGUCGGCCGCUUUGACAUGUUGCUGCGAUCUCUGUCACUUGUUCUAUCGUUUUCUCAAAAGCAGCGUCCCCGCGGCUUGCUUCCCCCCGGUCUCACGGUCGAAGGUGCACCAUCUCAAUACGUAUCUGAUACCCCACGCUUACAAGGACAAUGGAUGUCUCUUCGCAAUCGAGGACGGUUCGCUUGUCGUCAGGAAGCUGCAGAACGUCGAUGCCCCGAGCCGGAGGAGCUGGGCCGAAAAACCAAGAAAGAGCAAGCAUUAACAUAUGAAGGUUGGACGGCUCGGCCUUGCGUCAAAUUCUCGGUGUCGACUUCGCCCGGCUCAGCACAUCGGUUAGGAAGCGUUCGUCGACCGAAUGUACAAGGGCACCAUCAUUCUAGCAACAGCCCCAUUCCCUCGUCUUACUCGACCAGUCAAGCAGCACCUGCUCCCUACGCGAGUGCACCCACUCCACGCAACCCCAAGAAGGCCAAUCACGGCCGAGAUGGACUCUUAACUCCAGCCACUCCAUCGCCGACUUACCCCUCGGCGGCCACCGACACCAAUGUGCAGGCUAUGUCAAGGGCGUGGAACUCGAUGCGUUUCAAGGAGCUCAAGUCCUACUGGUCCGGGACCGAAGGCGCCCAAGAGCGGAUGCACCCAACCCUGGUCUCGGCAUCAAACUAUCGCCGCGUUCUACCCCAAAGGCCCCGGCUCCCAGGACCCCAUCCUCGGCACAACCCACAGCCUUGCAAGGCUCACCGAGAAGCUUGCUGGGCAGCCGUGUUACGUCUGCCUUCCUCCCCAUCUCCGCGCGUCUUCGGCCCGAUCUCCUCGGCCCGCCUCAACGCAAUCCCUACGCCGCCGAGUCAUUCUAGGGGGAAAACAAACGUUGUCACGAUUAAGACGGAGAUUGGGCCGCCAGCGGCGUCUUCCCGAGGCGCCAAGAACCGUCCAUUCGAGGUUAUUGACCUGACUGCAGCAGCUCUUCGCCCUCCACUCUCGUCGGUCGAGAUCGAAACCCGGCAACGCAACCGCGCAACCGCGCACCCGCCAGCAGCAGAAGCCAUGGCGCACGAGCCGCCCACUUCCGUGGUGAACGAGUCGGCGACUACGCAGUCCGACCCAUCGACUCCCGGUGUCAACAAGUCGUACGAUACAUUCACGCCGUUCGACCGCUUAGCGUUGGAGUUCAAUGACGACCUCGAGUACGCGUCGAUUGAGGUCUCGGAAAAGCAAACAAGAAAGAUCCUAAAAGCAAAGCCGGAGAGGAAACAAUACCUACCCGGGCAGCCUCGCAUACGGCUCGACAAGAAACACGGGCACAAUGUUGAUGCCAACAAGGACCCCCUCCUCGACUAUCUUGAGAAAUGCCACAGCACCAAGGGGUUGGAUGAGCUAUUACCGUGGAUGCGGUACAUCUUCGUGCAGACGCCCUCGUACACCCACAUCAUGCCAUUACACCACCAAAAGUCACACGCGCGCGAGAUCAAGGUGUCGGAAAACCCUGGUCUGCACUUAGUUUGGUACUACGAGCUCAUCUUCAUCAAGCCCAUUCCGGCUUACUUCUACUCGCAAGCCUUCUGGGUCUACCUCGAAAACGCCAAUAAGGAACUCUAUGGCGCCUGUCUCGGCUUUAUCCGCAGCUAUUACAUGCUGAUCCAAUACGAGAUUGAUUUCCACGAAGCCUGCGAGCUGCGCCUGAUCCCGGCUAAGGGGAACGGCGAGUUGCCAACGUACGAGGAGUGGUGCGAGUUCAUUGAGCCGUUCGCACGGGUCGGCGACGCCCACGUCAACCGCCGCUACCACUACGGCGAGCUCCGCCUCACGCGCAUCAACCGCGCCGCCAUGCUGUUUAAGUUCAGCCUGGCCUACUUCCACAUCUACCCCCAAUGGGGCUCGUUUCUCGAACACACCCUCGCCCCCAUCAUCACCGUCUUCGCCGUCUGCUCGGUCGUGCUCAACUCGAUGCAGGUCAGCCUGGCUGUCAUGGAGGUCAAGGGAGAAGACUUUGCAAUCACUGGGGCGUGGAACAGUUUUAUGGAUGCAUCUUUGUGGUUCCCGGUCAUCGUCAAUUUGAGUAUUGCGGUCAUUCUCAUUGCGUCGUUGUUUGGUAUGGGCAUCAUGGGCCUGAAGGACCUGUUCCGUGGGAACUCGGUCCGGCGACGGAAGAAGAGGGGUGAUCCCAGCGCGGGGACGCGGAGUCAUGGCAUGGUCUGGUAG